GGGGCCACGUGAUCUGUCAGUUCGGGAGAGAAGGAGGAAAAUGGCUGCUCAGGUUGAGCGGUAGAAGGUCGCUGGAGCCGGCGCUGCCGUCCCCUGCUUUUCUGUUCUGACAGCGCAAGCCAUAAAGGUGGCUCCUCGGCUGGGGCCCGAAAGAAGCCCCAGCCGGGUUUCCAGACGGCACUGAGAUAUAGAUACGGAAGCUUUUCUGUGAAGAUGGCAAACCUUUUGAAUGAGAGUCUGCUGACUUAUGUAGAAGAGGAAAAUAUUCCUGCCCUAAAAGCACUCUUGGAGAAAUGCAAGGAUGUGGAUGAAAGAAAUGAGUGUGGCCAGACUCCAUUGAUGGUAGCUGCUGAAAAUGGCAAUCUGGAGAUAGUAAAAGAACUACUUAAGAAUGGAGCUAAUUGCAACCUUGAAGAUGCGGAUAACUGGACAGCCCUUAUAUCUGCAGCAAAAGAAGGCCAUGUAGAUGUUGUAAAAGAACUACUUAACCAUGAUGUUAAUUUGGAACAAAAAGAUAUGGGAGGAUGGACAGCUCUUAUGUGGGCAUGUUACAAAGGCCGUACUGAAGUAGUAGAGUUGCUCCUUUCAAAAGGUGCCAAUCCAAAUGUCACUGGACUGCAAUACAAUGUAUAUCCAAUAAUUUGGGCUGCUGGACGAGGUCAUGCAGAUAUUGUAUAUCUGUUACUGAAACAUGGAGCUAAAGUCAACUGUACUGAUAAGUUUGGAACUACCCCCUUAGUGUGGGCUGCACGAAAGGGCCAUUUGGAAUGUGUUAAAUACUUACUACGCAUGGGAGCAGAUGUUGAUCAGGAAGGAGCUAAUUCAAUGACUGCCCUUAUUGUGGCAGUAAAGGGUGGUUACACACAGUCAGUAAAAGAAAUUUUGAAAAGGAACCCAAAUGUGAAUUUAACAGAUAAAGAUGGAAAUACAGCUUUGAUGAUUGCUUCAAAGGAGGGACACAUUGAAAUUGUACAGGAUUUACUUGAUGCUGGAACAUAUGUGAAUAUUCCUGAUAGGAGUGGGGACACUGUGUUAGUUGGUGCUGUCAGGGGGAGUCAUGUUGAAAUUGUUCGAGCCCUCCUACAGAAAUAUGCUGACAUUGAUAUUAGAGGACAUGAUAAUAAAACUGCUUUAUAUUGGGCUGUUGAGAAAGGCAAUGCAGCAAUGGUGAGAGAUAUCCUGCAGUGCAAUCCAGAUACUGAAAUAUGCUCAAAGGAUGGUGAGACACCACUUAUAAAGGCCACGAAGAUGAGAAAUAUUGAAGUGGUUGAACUUCUCCUAGAUAAAGGAGCUAAAGUGUCUGCUGUAGAUAAGAAAGGAGAUACUCCUCUCCAUAUUGCUAUUCGUGGCAGAAGCCGGAAGCUUGCAGAACUUCUUUUAAGAAAUCCAAAAGAUGGACGACUGCUUUAUAGGCCAAACAAAGCAGGAGAAACACCAUACAAUAUUGAUUGUAGCCAUCAGAAAAGUAUUUUAACUCAAAUAUUUGGAGCCAGACACUUGUCUCCUCAUGAGACAGAUGGAGACAUGCUUGGUUAUGACUUGUAUAGCAGUGCUCUGGCUGAUAUUCUUAGUGAACCAACCAUGCAGCCCCCAAUUUGUGUGGGAUUGUAUGCCCAGUGGGGAAGUGGGAAAUCAUUUUUGCUCAAGAAACUAGAAGAUGAGAUGAAGACUUUUGCAGGACAACAAAUUGAACCUCUUUUCCGUUUUUCAUGGCUUCUAGUAUUUCUUACCCUGUUGCUUUGUGGAGGGUUGGGUUUAUUGCUUACUUUUACUGUGGACUUGAAACUUGGUAUAGCAGGUGCAUUAAGUCUCUUGGCACUCCUGUAUAUAUUCUUUACUGUAAUUUACUUUGGUGGUCGAAGGGAAGGAGAGAGUUGGAAUUGGGCCUGGGUAGUGAGCACUAGGUUGGCAAGACAUAUUGGCUACUUGGAACUUCUCCUCAAACUGAUGUUUGUAAACCCCCCUGAACUGCCAGAGCAAACUACAAAAGCUUUACCUGUCAGGUUUUUAUUUACAGAUUACAAUAGACUCUCUAGUGUAGGUGGAGAAACUUCAUUGGCCGAGAUGAUUGCAACUCUUUCUGAUGCUUGUGAAAGGGAAUUUGGAUUCUUAGCCACAAGACUUUUUCGAGUAUUCAAGACUGAAGAUACACAGGGUAAAAAAAAGUGGAAGAAAACUUGCUGCCUUCCAUCUUUUGUCAUCUUCCUUUUCAUCUUGGGCUGUAUUGUUGCUGGAAUUACUCUUCUUGCUAUAUUUAGAGUUGAUGAAAAACAUAUAACAGUAAAUGCUAUUCUUAUAUCAGUUGCAUCUAUUGUUGGUUUGGCCUUCAUCUUAAACUGUCAUACUUGGUGGAAAGUACUGGACUCUAUCUUAAAUUCUCAGCGUAUCCGUCUCCAUAAUGCUGCCACCAAACUGCACAAGUUGAAAAGUGAAGGGUUCAUGAAGGUUCUGAAAUGUGAAGUAGAAUUAAUGGCUAAAAUGGCAAAAACUAUUGACAGCUUCACUCAGAAUCAGACAAGAUUAGUGGUCAUAAUCGAUGGGCUGGAUGCCUGUGAACAAGACAAAGUCCUACAGAUGUUGGAUACGGUCCGAAUUCUGUUUUCUAAAGGUCCAUUCAUUGCUAUUUUUGCAAGUGAUCCACACAUUAUUAUAAAAGCAAUUAACCAGAACCUCAAUAGUGUACUUCGUGAUUCAAAUAUAAAUGGUCAUGACUACAUGCGCAAUAUAGUUCAUUUGCCUGUCUUCCUUAAUAGUCGUGGAUUUAGCAGUGCAAGAAAAUUUCUUGUUACUACCACUUCAAAUGGAGAUGUUCUAUGUUCUGAGAAUACAGGAUUACAUGAAGAUGCUGAUAGAAGAGUUUCACAAAACAGUCUUGGGGAAAUUACUAAACUUGGCAGCAAGACCGCCCUCAACAGACGGGACACUUAUAGAAGAAGACAGAUGCAACGCACCAUUACACGCCAGAUGUCUUUUGAUCUUACAAAGCUAUUGAUGACAGAGGACUGGUUUAGUGAUAUCAGUCCUCAGACCAUGAGAAGACUACUUAAUAUUGUUUCUGUGACAGGACGAUUAUUGAGAGCCAAUCAAAUUAAUUUCAAUUGGGAUAGGCUUGCUAGCUGGAUCAACAUUACAGAACAAUGGCCCUAUCGAACUUCAUGGCUGAUACUGUAUUUGGAGGAAACAGAAAAUGUUCCAGAUCAAAUAACAUUAAAAACCAUCUAUGAGAGAAUAUCCAAGAAUAUCCCAACAACUAAAGAUGUUGAGCCAUUACUUGAAAUUGAUGGUGACAUAAGGAACUUUGAAGUGUUUUUGUCUUCACGGACACCAGUUCUUGUGGCUCGGGAUGUAAAAAUCUUUUUGCCAUGUACUGUAAACCUGGAUCCAAAACUUCGAGAAAUUAUUGCAGAUGUUCGUGCUGCAAGAGAACAGAGUACUAAUAUUGGAGGACUUCAGUAUCCUCCUCUGCCACUACAAGAUGUGAAUCCUCGAACCUCUUCAUUUAAUCUGCCUGGAGCUAUAAAUUCUCCAAAUACCUUUACUGGACCUUUUCCUGGUAGUAUGAUAUCACCACAGCCUCAUAGCAGCUAUUACAGUGGCAUGACAGGACCUCAGCAUCCCUUUUAUAACCGGCCAUUCUUUGUCCCAUAUGUUUACUCGCCAAGGUAUUACCCUGGCGGUUUCCAACAUCUCAUCCCACGUCCAUCAAUAAAAACGAGUUUUUCCAGAGAUCAUAGAAGUGGCCUAGAAGUUAUCAAGGAGGAUGCUGCUGAGGGGCUUUCUUCACCCACAGACUCCUCAAUGCAGUGUAAAUCUGGGUUUAACAAACAGAGACAGGGAACAGCAUCAGGUGCAGGAGUGGCAGUAAUAUUGAACUCAAUGACUGUGGAUGCUGUAUGUGAGAAACUGAAACAAAUAGAGGGGUUGGACCAGAAUAUGAUACCUCAGUACUGUGCAACGAUAAAGCAGGCAAAUAUUAAUGGCCGUGUACUGGCUCAGUGUAGCAUUGAUGAGCUAAAGAAAGAAAUGAACAUGAAUUUUGGAGACUGGCAUCUUUUCAGAAGUAUGGUACUUGAUAUGAGAAAUGUAGAAACUCAAGCAACUACCGAGGAUUUACCUGAGCAUUCUGAAAUCUCAGUUUCUAAUGGAGAAUCUCUUUGUCACCCUUUACAUAACGAAUUGCCUCAUACAGAGCUUUCUAAUCAGGCUCCUUAUACAUUGAACUUUAGUUUUGAAGAACUGAACACUAUUAGUCUUGAAGAAGCUCCUCCACGCCACAGUAAUUUAAGUUGGCAGUCACAAACUCGCAGAACCCCAAGUCUUUCAAGUCUCAAUUCACAGGAUUCCAGUAUUGAAAUCUCAAAACUUACUGAUAAGGUUCAGGCAGAAUAUAGAGAUGCCUAUAGAGAAUAUAUUGCUCAAAUGUCUCAGCUAGAAGGGGGAGCAAGUUCUGCAACAGUUAGUGGCAGAUCUUCUCCACACAGCACAGGGAUGUACUAUAUGGGUCAGAGUUCAUCAGGGGGCUCCAUUCAUUCCACUAUAGAACAAGAAAAAGGAAAGGAUAGUGAACUGAAACAAGAUGAUACAAGGAAGUCAUUUUUAAUCAAGAGGGGAGAUGUUAUAGAUUACUCAGCUUCGGGUAUUUCCACUAAUGAUGCAUCUCCUUUGGAUCCCAUCACUGAAGAAGAUGAAAAAUCUGAUCAGUCUGGAAGUAAGCUGCUUCCAGGAAAGAAAUCCUCAGAAAGACCCAGCCUCUUCCAGACAGAUUUGAAACUAAAAGGAAGUGGGCUGCGCUAUCAAAAACUUCCAAGUGAUGAAGAUGAAUCUGGGACAGAAGAAUCAGAUAAUACUCCUCUUUUGAAGGAAGACAAAGAUAAAAAAGUAGAAGGGAAAGGAGAUAAAAUACCCAAAUCUCCAGAGCACAGCACAGAACCUAUUAGAACCUUCAUUAAAGCAAAAGAGUAUUUAUCAGAUGCUCUUCUAGACAAAAAAGAUUCCUCUGAUUCAGGAGUAAGAUCUAAUGAAAGUUCUCCAAAUCAUUCCCUUCACAAUGAAGUUGCUGAUGAUUCCCAUCUUGAAAAGGCUAACCUCAUAGAACUCGAAGAUGACAGCCACAGUGGAAAACAGGGAAUCCCACACAGCUUAAGUGGACUUCAAGAUCCAGUUGUAGCACGUAUGUCCAUUUGCUCAGAAGACAAGAAGAGUCCUUCUGAAUGCAGCUUGAUAGCAAGUAGCCCUGAGGAAAAUUGGCCAACUAUGACUGGUCAAAAAGGAUAUAACUUGAAUCGAACACCCAGUACUGUGACCCUAAAUAACAACAGUGCUCCAGCUAAUAGAGCUAACCAAAAUUUUGAUGAAAUGGAAGGAAUUAGAGAUAUUUCUCAAGUUAUAUUGCGCCCUGGUUCCAGUUCUAACUCAAGUGGAAUACAGAAUGAAAAUCUAAAAAGCAUGACCCAUAAACGAAGCCAGCGGUCAAGUUAUGCAAGACUUUCAAAAGAUUCUUCAGAACUUCAUACAGUGACCUCUUCUGACAGUGCAGGUUUUGGUGAAGAAAGAGAAAGCAUUCUUUAAGAGAAAUGAGAAAAAAUAGCCCCAUAUUGAAAUACCUCCAUGUCAAGAUUUUCUUAAAAGUUCAUCAAACAAGAAUUCAGUAGUUAAUUUUCAAGAACUUUGAGGAGAGAAAAGAUUUGCUUGACAUAACAGAGGAAGAAAUCAUGCAACAUUUUCCUCUAGUAUAGAGCAGGGUUAUCUUACAAUUGAAAAAAUAAAAAGCCUUUUUUAUUAUUAAAAGUUUUUGUGGUUACCUGACUACAUAUUUUAAGAUGGAAAUCUAAGGUUAAAUCUAAGAGCAGUGAACCUUUUGUUAAAUUUUAAAAACAUUGUUUCCAAAUGUAAAGAAAAUAAGACUAUUUAUUUCUCUUUUGGACAAUAAUAUUUGCUUGUUGAGAGACUGAAAUAACCUAUAAAAUUGAAUAAUCCAUAAAUGCAAUCAAUCUUGCAAGCAUUUAUUAAACACCUUUAUGUGUAAGGCCACAUUCUUUGCCUUAAAGACUAAGAAGACAAUACAGAAGAAAAAUCCUUGCACUAAAGUACCUAAUAUUCCACUGAGAAUCAUUGUUGAGUCACUUUUCUACACAAAAGGCCAAGCACUCUGUAUGGUUAUAUUUUGAAGCACUAAAUAGAUAAUUUAGUAGGUCUCUUAAAAAACAAAUGAAAAGUGUCCACUCAGAACUCUUUGAUUUUGUUUUCCCUUUUCUCCAUGCUUCUUUAUUUAAAUUCUUUAUAAUUCUGAAGACCUGUGAAUAGUUAUAUUCAUUAGGCAGAGUACUUUGAUAUUUACAAACAUAAACUUAACAGUUUUAUCAUCUUAUGGUUCAAGAGAUAGGUUCAUGAAAACUUGGCAAUUAUGGCAUUUCAUGAGUUAGAACCAGAAAUGGUACAUUUUCCCCUAAUACACCUGUCUGUUCUGCUGUGUCAGUGUAUUUAAUUAAUUAUAUGUCCACUUAGUAACUGAAUUUUUAACAAUUAUGACUAUUUCAUCCAAUAAGUAUCAUGUGCUUCCUGUAGACAAAUCAUUAUACUAAAAUCUAGCUGGGGAAAUGUACAUAUAAUAGGUAUGCUAAUAUUUCUUGAAUGAUUAAAUGAGCAAAUUGAUCUAUUUAUACAUGAAACAGUAACAACAUAAUUCAAGAUAGUGGCUCAUUGGCAAAAAAAAGUUUCCAUCAUGGAAGAAAAAUGUAACCAUUUUAUUUAUUUCCAAAGUACUGCAUUGCUUUUUCUUAUUGGGGUUAUUUGAGGAGGAAAAUGUUAUAGAAUCUUUCAUUUAACCCUCUUUUACAAAGCAGAAGAAUUUUUAUGCUCAAAAUCAAUGGGAAUAUAAACUAGAUCCCAUUUACAAUACUAUUCUCACAUUUACUGGAAUGUCUAUAUUAAAUGAGUGGAUUAGUAAGUAGGUCGCAAUUACCUAGUGAUCAACUGGUGUCUUUUGAAAAUAACUUUUUACUUAUGCAGCACAUGCCCAAAAAUCAAGGGAAGAAAUACUGAUGUGCUAAGUAUAAGGAUCAUAUGACUUUAGUUUAAGAUUGUGAUAAGUGUUUAAUAGUUAAUAUAUUUUCAUUCAUAUAAUCAAUGAAUAAUUAUCUGAAUUGUAGUCUUUUAAUGAUGGCAAUAAAUCAUUGUUUUCUUUUGGUACCCAGUAAAGAGUACAUUAUUGUUAUUUGUAUGUUAUCUAAUAAUUCAGAAAGUAAUUACUUUGUAUGAUCUUUCAUCAGAAGAAGUGUUUAUCCAGAAAUAAAACAAAAGAACUAGGCUGGUUAUUAGCUUUUAGAAUUUAAUAAUCAAAACAUUAUUAUGCUAUGUAAUUAAAUUUAGGCCACUAUUUCAUUCUUUUUAGAUGAGUAAUUGUCAUUAGUAUCAUUGUAACACAUUCCUUACCCUCCAACUGAAUUUGCAUGGUUUUCAGAAUUUGAAUAUGUGUGUGUAGAUUUAGAAAACAAUAAAAGAUUGGCAUGCC